AUGAAGUUCCUAAUUUUCGUUCUUGUAAUAGUGAGUUUUGAGGGAGUUAUUGGAAGCAAAAUAGAAAUUAACGAUACCCUAAUAGAAUGGUUUCCGCCACUUUACGCACUCGACGAAUGGGCAACCUGUCAACACCCCAUGGACGAAUAUUGUUUAGUGGACGCUGUAUUGUACUCCGACAAGCCAUCCAAACUUCUGGACACUCUGACGGCUUACUCGUCAGAGGUGGCCAAGCACUACAACCGAACACAAAUACACCGAGGCGUAUGCAUGUCCAAGUGUCCAGUGAACGGGACAGAUAAGUGGGAAGUUGCCCAGUCCUGCGUGAACAGAAGCAUUCAGCCAUAUGACCUAGAGGCUAGAGUGACGUCAGUGAACUGGUGCAGCACCCCAGGAGGUCAACGAGCGUCGGGUGCAGCGCGCGCCAUGGGGGUGAUUAUGGUCACCUUACUUGUUAUGACUGUAGCAGCAACGGUAGUCAGUCUUGUCGAUUAUAAAAUGGGAAACAAAGUGUUGAUGGCGUUCUCCUUAACCAAGAACUGGCAAUCAUUGUUCAGCGGUAGACCUAGUAGUGAGGCAAGGUUUCGAGACUUUAACGUUUUGGAUGGAGUUAAGGCUCUAGGUAUUCAAAGUGUAAUAUUCACACACAUUAUGCUCCUCCAAGCGUAUGCCUACGUUGAUAAUCCCGAUUUUAUAGAGAGGAUAUAUGACAAGCUGACUUGGAAAGUGGGUAUGAACACCCCACUCUUUCUCCAAGCCUUCUUCACGAUGACUGGAUUCAUGACGGCUUACAUGACACUUGUCAUAGCUGAAAAACGCAGGAUUUCCUUUACAGAUUGUUUGUUUUCCAUUAUUUCCCGGAUAAUCAGGUUAGGCCCGUUAGUGAUCUUCACGCUGGGUUUCACGAUUUUCUGGUUCCCACUGAUGGGAUCCAGUCCCCACUGGACCUGGCUAGUGGGAAGGGAGGUUCACGAUUGCUCGAACAUUUGGUGGCAUUUCUUCGUCUUCGGUGAGAACUUCACAGGCACAAAGAACUAUUGUUUAUCCCAUUUAUGGUAUGUAGCUAUUGAUUUGCAAUUCCACAUCUUCGGGGUCCUGUUCCUCUUCCUGUUCCUUCGUUAUAGGCGUUUUGCGAUUCCAGUACUAACUGCCAUUGUAAUAGGAACUGGAUUGGCAGCUGGUAUCGUUCAUUAUAGAUCCAGCUACACGCCAAUCAUCACUGGACAACAUCCUGAAACACUUAGAACUGUAUUCGAGCACUGGGAACAAAUAAGAAUUAUUUACACUCCACCGUGGAUGAACCCUGGAUUUUUCAUCGGACUUAUUGUCGGAUUUAUACACUAUAACAAUCAAGAGAAGGGAAUUAAACUCAGUGAAAAAACGUGGUUCAAUAUCCUCUUCAAAACAUCGCUCCACUUAGCGAUGGUUGUAGCCGCUCUUGGGGUAUUCUUUUUAUCAGACAAUCCUCCCCCAAUAUGGGUUGGUGGUGUAUACAGCGCACUGGACAGGCCGUUGGUUUCUGUCUUUCUGAGUAUUUUCAUCUUGGGGCUGGUCAGUAAAUGCAAAUCCCUCGCGCUUAGCAUAUUAUCAUGGAGUGGCUUCCAGGCCAUGGGAAAACUUGCCUACUGCGCGUACAUCGUUCACUUUAUCGUGCUACGUUUAAUAUUUGCGAACAACAUGCGACUCAUACACGUCAACAUAUUUUAUAUGAUCUUUCUCCAAAUAUCCGCAACGGUUCUCACUUACUUGAUCAGUAUUCCCAUGUAUUUGCUGAUCGAGUUGCCAUUCGUCAAAAUAUGGAAGUCUGCGUUUGAAGCCCCAAAGCCCCAGUCCAAAGUGAACGAAGAACCUGCAACUCUCAAAGUGGACCAUUCAACGAAUGUACAAAAUGAUGUUUAA